CUAUAAUUCGAUGUUGUUGUAUUGACGGUCUAAUUUUAGGUUAACUCACUCACCCAAUUUUUGUUGUGAAAAAUGUUAAUUUCUCGCGGUGUAAAUCUACUAAAAUGUUCAAAAAUUUUGAAAAACAUUAAGGUUACUAAUACAGCGACUAGGAAUGGGGGCCACGCUGCAUGGAAUUAUAGAUCACCACCUCCUCCUCAGCCAAAAUACAUAUACCACCUUGCAGAAUUUACUCAAGGUGUAAUGUGGUGGUGGAUACUGUGGCAUUUAUAUACUCAAUUGGAUCACAUAACUGGAGAAUUUGAUUAUCCCGAUCCAUCUAAAUGGAGUGAUGAAGAAUUGGGAAUAUCAUCGGAAUAAAUAAUUACUUUGUAGGGAUUGUAUUGUACAUAAGUAGAAAGUGUAUUAAACUUUUACUAGUU